CCGAGUGUUCCUGAACGUCUCACUGGGAUGAGUGGCUCGGUGAAAAUGGCGGACUGUAUACGUGUUCCUCUGAUUUUGCUGGUUAUGUCCCUCUUUUCAUAUUCACACCAACUUCGACUAGACAACGCCGACCUCGGUGGCAGAGCGGGUGCAAACGCCGAUAAACCAGCAAACUCCGCCGCGGGUCUGGUAGCCGGGCUGAACCCAGGAGCCGCUGAGAGGAACCCGGCUGCAGGGGCCUUGGUUACACGGAGACGUUCUACCGGGUGGAAGCUGUCUGAUGAGGCGGUGUGUAGGGAUGACCUGACCCGGCGCUGCCCCAAACAUUCAUGGAACAACAACCUGGCGGUGCUGGAGUGUCUCCAGGACAAAAAGGAGGAAACUGAAAUUGCUGCUGACUGCAGUCAUCUCCUGUGGAACUAUAAGUUGAACCUCACCACUGAUCCGAAGUUUGAGUCUGUAGCUGUGGAGGUCUGCAAAACGACAAUCUCUGAGAUUAAAGAAUGUGCAGCAGAGGAGUUGGGAAAGGGCUUCUUGGUCUCCUGCCUGGUGGACAACCGUGGCAACAUCACCGACUACCAGUGCAACCAGUACAUCACCAAGAUGGCCAGCAUCAUUUACAGCGAUUAUCGACUUAUCUGCGGCUUCUUAGACAAUUGUCGGGAUGACAUCAACACUCUGCGCUGUGGUAGCAUUAGCACUGGAGAGAAGGAUAUUCAUUCACAGGGGGAAGUGAUCGCCUGUCUGGAGAAAGGUUUAGUUCGUGAGGCUGAGGAGCAACCAGGUGCACAUCACAUCAAGGACGACUGUAAGAAGGCUAUCAUGAGAGUUGCAGAACUCUCCUCUGAUGAUUUCCACCUGGACCGCUACCUGUACUUAGCUUGCAGAGAUGACCGUGAGCGGUUCUGUGAAAAUACACCAGCCGGGGAGGGUAGAGUUUAUAAAUGUCUUUUCAAUCACAAGUUUGAAGAAGCCAUGUCUGAGAGGUGCCGUGAGGCUUUGACCACCAGACAGAAGUUGAUUGCCCAGGACUAUAAGGUGAGCUACUCGCUGGCCAAAGCUUGCAAGUCAGACCUAAGAAAGUACCGCUGCAACAUGGACACAAACAUGCCACGAGCCAGAGAAACCCGUCUCUCCUACCUCCUGCUGUGCCUUGAGGCGGCUUUACAUCGAGGUCGAGUAGUGAGCGGUGAGUGUCAGGGAGAAAUGAUGGACUACAGAAGGAUGCUGAUGGAAGAUUUCUCCCUGAGUCCUGAGAUCGUGCUUCACUGUCGCAGUGAGAUUGAGAAUCAUUGCUCUGGUUUGCAUCGGAAAGGUCGGACGCUUCAUUGCCUAAUGAGGGUUGGCCGAGAAGACAUGGGAACUAUUGAGCCCACCUGCCAGAGAGCUCUUCAGGCACUGAUCCAGGAAGCAGACCCAGGAGCUGAUUAUCGUAUCGACAGGGCGCUUAAUGAGGCCUGUGAAUCCGUCAUCCAGACAGCCUGCAAACAUAUCCGCAGUGGAGACCCCAUGAUAUUAUCUUGUCUGAUGGAACAUCUGUACACCGAGAAGAUGGUGCAGGACUGUGAGCACAAGCUGCUGGAGCUGCAGUACUUCAUUGCCAGAGAUUGGAAGCUUGAUCCAAUUUUGUAUAAGAAAUGUCAAGGCGAUGCAGCUCGACUCUGCCACACUCACGGCUGGAAUGAGACCACUGAGACGAUGCCAGCUGGUGCCAUCUUCUCCUGCCUGUAUCGCCAUGCUUAUCGCUCGGUGGAGCAGGGACGGAGGCUCUCCAGAGACUGUAAGGUGGAGGUGCAGCGGAUUCUCCACCAGAGGGCGCUAGAUGUAAAGCUUGAUCCCGAGCUGCAGAGGCGCUGCAUGUCCGACCUGGGGAAGUGGUGUAGUGAGAAGACGGAGUUGGCCGGCCAGGAAUUGGAGUGUCUGCAGGAUCAUUUGGAGGACUUGGUGUCUGAUUGCAGGGAAGUGGUGGCAAACCUGACGGAGCUAGAAUCAGAGGAUAUUCAGAUUGAAGCCCUAUUAAUACGAGCCUGUGAACCUGUAAUUCAAGCGUACUGCCAUGAGGUGGCUGACAAUCAGAUCGACUCUGGUGACCUAAUGGAGUGUUUGGUUCAGAACAAACAUCAGAAAGAGAUGAAUGAUAAGUGUGCAGUGGGAGUCACACACUUUCAGCUGAUUCAGAUCAAAGAUUUUCGUUUCUCAUACAAGUUUAAGACUGCCUGCAAAGAGGAUGUCCUCAAGCUUUGCCCCAACAUUAAGAAGAAGGUGGAUGUUGUUAUCUGCCUCAGCACCACAGUGAGAAACGACACCCUACAGGAUGGCAAGGAGCAGCGAGUUUCUGUCAAAUGUCGUAAACAGCUUCGAGUGGAGGAAGUGGAGAUGUCAGAAGACAUUCGCCUGGAGCCUGAGCUGUAUGAUUCCUGCAAGCAAGAUAUCAACCGGUUUUGUCAGAAUGUGGCCUUUGGUAACGCACAGGUGGUUGAGUGUCUGAAAGAGAACAAACGGCAGCUGUAUCCACGCUGUCACCAAAGGAUCUUCAAGCUUCAGGAGGUGGAGAUGGUUGAUCCUGAACUGGACUACCAGCUGAUGAAAGUCUGCAAGCAUAUGAUCCGGCGUUUCUGUACAGAAUCAGAGGGGAGGAAUGUUCUUCAGUGCCUGAAGCAGAACAAGAACAGUGAACUGAUGGAUCCGAAGUGCAAACAGUUGAUCACCAAGAGACAGAUUACCCAGAACACAGACUUCAGAUUGAACCCGGUGCUAAAGAAGGCGUGCAAGGCUGAUAUCCCAAAAUUCUGCCAGUCCAUCAUCAACAAGGCCACAGCCGACACGGAGCUAGAGGGUCAGGUCAUCUCCUGCCUGAAACUCAAAUAUGCAGACCAGCGUUUGUCUCCUGACUGUGAAGAUCAAAUUCGAGUAAUCUUGCAAGAGUCUGCUCUGGACUACAGACUGGAUCCUCAGCUCCAGAUCCACUGCACACAGGAGAUUUCAAGUCUGUGUCCAGAGGAGGCUGCAGCUCAGGAGCAAACUGGGCAGGUGGAGGAGUGCCUUAAACUCAAUCUUUUGAGGAUCAAGCAGGAAGCAUGUAAGAAGGAGGUACUGAACAUGCUGAAGGAAAGCAAGGCGGACAUCUUUGUUGAUCCCGUGCUUCACACAGCCUGCGCUCUGGAUAUCAAGCACCACUGUGCUGCCAUCCCACCUGGCAGGGGACGACAGAUGUCAUGUCUGAUUGAGACGCUGCAAGACAAACGUGUUCGUCUGCAGCCAGAGUGCAAGAAGAGACUCCAGGAUCGCAUUGAGAUGUGGAGCUUUGCUGCCAAGAUGCCUCCUGCUGAGGGCCUGUCAGACCUGGCCAAGCAAGUGUUGUCCUCACCAUCCAAGAACUAUAUCCUGACUGUGAUGGCUGCAGGUGUGACCCUGCUUUUCCUAAUCGGGAUGGUUUCUGGCCGAUUCACUAAACGAGUCACUCAGGAGCUGAAGAAGAGGUAGACCCCGCCUGGUGAUCAGGAAGUGUCCACAGGAGAACUGGCCGCCUCUGAGGAGUUCCUGAUGCUCUCACUGAACUCCCAUUUUCCCCAUAGAAGAGACACUGAACGCCUGCAACAUCCAACCUGAUUUGUCUUCAUCGUUUUUUUGUUUCUGCUUUUUGCUCUUAACUGCUGCUGGGAAAUGACAUUACGCUCUAACCCUCACAGAAACGUGGCUAUGACUUUCCAAGCCUCAAGAGACGGCGCUUUCCUUUCAGUUUAUUCUUCAGAUUUUUGGUUGGAUGAGUGUUGCCUCCUUAUGAAUUCUAUCCGCCCGCCUGGUGUACAUGCAGUAUUUGUCUCAUCUCCUGCUGAUUUUUGGGGAGGAGGUGGACAUGUCUGAAGAUUUGAGGGAUAACCUCUCACAACCAGCAGAGAGGUGGAGAAUAAAACUUUCCAAAGUGUAAAUGUGUAGAAAGUGGGAUGGGAUAAGACCGACCUAUAAAGUGGGUUAAUGACUUUAAUAUUUUGAUAAUGAAGCUGUGUUCUUUGGCAUGAGUGUGUGCUGUCUUUCUGCCCCAAUAUUCUUUUCAGUUGUAUCUUUAACUAGUUUUGGGGGGGCCGGGGGUUAUUGUACUUUUUUUUUAAGCCAUGGGACUGCAGGGCAGGUGAGGUCAACCAACCAGCCACCUCUUAACUGAGCAACAUUUGAUUAGAAGAGGAGUGAAGACUUUUCGGUCCACCCUGGUCACCCGUGUCCUCCUCUGUGGCUGCCAGCUGUACUUGCUGGUCCCAGGUACCUAUCGCAUUCCUUCACAUAGCAGCGCAACUUCCCAUGUGAGAGCAAAAGAGGCUGUAUUUCUCAUUUUUACUGUAACUGGUUUGGUGCCAGUUGGUAGAAUGGGGGAUCCGUCCAGACAGGUUGAGAGCAUUUUAGACAAAAAAAAAAAAAAAAGUCAAAGAACUAAAGACAGAUCAGAUUAUUUUAAAGAUGUAAACAGUUUGUGUAAAGAUGUUACUGGAAUCAUUGCACAGUUUUUCUUCUUGUUUUUCUAAUAUCAGUGACUAUAAAUGUUUUUAUACCUUU